AUGAAUGGGGAGGAGCAAGGACCAAAGCCUAAUGCUGCUGUCGAAGUGGCAGCCACAACAACACCACAGGCUCGUAACACGCUUGAGGAGUAUGAGCGGCUGUUCGGCGUGGAUGAGGAUGCAUACGAGCAACCUACCACAACCCGCAAAGAGUUAUGGGCAUAUUAUCUUUAUUACAACGGCGACAAUGGUGUCGGUCCCGGUUCCUACAGCCAAGCCCUCUUCCAAUGGGCCCUCAAUAAAGCUGGACACCAGCCCGAUACUAAUCCGCCCCAACCGUGUACCGAUUCCUCCGCCUGUGUGGUACCCUGGGCGGGAAGCACACGAUCGAUCUCCUCAGUUGUCCUCAUCGCAAAUGGACUCUGUUUUGCCUUUAUGACUGUAAUCUUUGUUUGGCUUGGUAGUGCUGCUGACUACGGCUCGUUUGGCCGAUGGUUGCUAUUGGGACUGACCGUCGUUUGCUGGGCAUUGCAGUAUGGUAUGCUGGCUAUCCGAGACCCAAGCCAAUGGCCAUCCGCUAUGGGCAUGUACAUCGUUGCAUACGUGGCAUACGGUGCAACACUGGUAUUUUAUGCGGCAGUGUUUCCUCGACUGGCACGGUAUACGCCGCACGUACGCAAGGCACGGGAGGAAGACCUCCGAGAGGGCAAGAUCAACCAGCAGGAGUACGACCAGAUUGAGUCGCUGGAGCGAAAUCACAUCAGUAAUAUCUCCACUGCACACAGCAAUAUUGGCUAUCUGUUGACUCUCGCGCUCAAUCUGAGUGUGCUGCUGCCCAUGCAGAACAACCAAUAUGCAAACAACCUGGCUCUGUGUUUGACCAAUUCUUACUGGGUGGUCCUAGGAAUUUGGUGGUUCAUCUUCCAGCAGAAGAGACCCGGCCCCAAAAUCCCGAAGGGCUCAAGCUAUGCUACCAUUGGCUUUAAGCAGAUCUGGCUCGCGAUCAAAGAAGUCCGAUCGCUUCCACAAACCUUCUUGUAUUUCCUGGCGUACUUUCUGCUGGCGGAUGGGCUGAACACCACAGGCACCCUCGUUUCAAUUAUCCAAAAUGAUUACGUCUCAUUUUCUUUCUUGCAAAUUACCUACCUUGGCAUCACGCAGGCGGCAUGCUCGAUCACAUCGACGUUCGGAUUUUGGUAUAUCCAGCGUUACUUCAAGUUCAAGACCAAAACCAUGUUCCUUGUCACCAACUUCUUCAGUGUCCUCAUCCCAUUUUGGGGCAUGCUGGGACUGUGGACCACUAGAGUUGGAUAUCAUAAUACGUGGGAAUUUUACUUCUAUAAUAUCAUUUUCGGGCUGUUUCAGGCUCCAUACUACGCGUAUGCGCAAACAAUGAUCAGUGAGCUGAUGCCUCGAGGCUUUGACAAUAUGUUCUUCGCUCUCUUCGGAAUCACAAACCGAGCUUCUUCGAUCAUCGGACCGAACGUCAUCCAGGCCAUCAUCAAUGACACUCGAAACAACUGGAUGGGAUUCCCCUUCUUAUUUGCUAUUUGCGCCGGUGCGAUGAUUGCGAUCGGGUUUGUAGACAUCGAGAAGGGACGAGAAGAUGCUAGACGUUUCACCGAAAGAACAAAGGUAAACCGAGUUGUUGCUGAGACAGGGUUGAGCGCCGAUGCAAUUGUGAAAGGCAAGAUUCCCGUGGAAAAUGAAGGCACGACUGCGGAAAUCGCCGAAUCUUCGGAACAAACCACAGGUGCUCAUGAUACGGUAAGAGAUUCUUAA